GUUUUAGCGGCGACAACAGCACACGGUAUGCAGAUACGAAGCCGGGGUAAACCGGGAAGCCGUAGUUCACGGACCGUAGUAAGCGUGGUAACUCUGAACAGUCAACGACAUUCGAAAGCCGGCCACGCUCUGGAAUUCAGAUAAACGAAUAUGCGGCUGCUUCUGUUCCAAAUAUCUCCGCUACUGUGCCUGUUGACGGAAAUCAGCGCGGCGGGGAUCGGCAAAGCAUGGCAGAUCUUGCCAUACGCCACCGAUUCCUGGAAUCACCCAUCGUGGCCGCGGCUCGACUCUUCCGCGUUCGAAGUUCGCAGCGUGAGCGGGGUUGGUCAUCUCAAUCCCUUCGAAACCGCUCAAAGUAACCUAAAAACCGACCAAUCGAAAUUCAUCGAAUCCAACACUGUUGCAAUAUCCAAACCGCACUCUGUGUUCAACCAGAAAUACCUUGACCGUUUCGAACCCACGUUCGAAGAGCCCUACGAUCGAUACGAAAGUCGUGGCGAAACGAAUAACGCAGAGCACCGGGACAAGAUAUUUAAAACCGGCUUAGCGAUGACUGUCCUCCGUCCAGAACAAGACAAAGAUUCGACAAAGGCUACUGCGGAUAAAGCAACGGAGACCGUAUCGAGGAUUCGUCGCGAUACAGAGAACGAGACGAGGCUGGAACAAAUAUCGAGCACUAAGAACGUCCGAGAGGUACGUCUAAGCUCCGCGGAAAAUUGGUCCACUCAACCAUUGUCUAUAGAGUUUCCCCAUAGAACUAGCUUGGACCAGACGAUGCACCAAACGGCAGAUGGCGAAGAAUUAGCAAACGCAAGAGGUUACCACGCUCCGAGAGCCGAUUUCGUGACCAGUCAGCACAGGAGGAGUUACGAACAACGAGAAGCACGAGAUAUGCCAGUUACGAGAGGAUACGACGACUACGAUGUCCCGUGGUACAGAAGCGCUAUCAGGGAUCGAGACUACGAUCCUUUAUCCUACCGCCGUGGGUACAGUUACUAUUACCCGGAUCGUUACAGGAUGGAAAGAGACUACUACAUGCGUGUUCCCAACGAUUAUUCUUAUUAUUAUGAUCGAUACAGGGACGAGGACUUGGAUCUAUAUGGUCGUAGCAGACCCACGCCCAAACCCAAAAGGAUCAUCUACUAUGCCACCUUGCCGGAAAUAGUGAGAAAACCUGUAGAUCUAAGAAAUUAUCCUAGACCCUAUGACGGAACUAGAACGCCAGUUUCUAGGGAUGGAAGCUACAAACGUAUUCCAGGGAACGUUGACCCUAGUAGAUAUCGAUAUAGAAACCUUUACGAUGGUUACGACAACUACUCGAAGAGGUCGAGCUUCGUGGAGAGGCCUUAUCCUUAUCCCGAAGACGAGGGUCGUCGCAAAGUGACGCUGGAAACUCUUCGGAACAACGAUCCGUAUGAUCAGAAUAACGAGAGGAAAUUAGCUAAUCAGAUUUCGAUGAGAAACGAGGGCAAAUUGCCUUGGCCAGUGCAGAUCGCGACAGAAGUGAGCGUGAAGGACGAUGAGAGAAUCCCUGGAAGGAAGAUCUUCGGAGAGACUAACGGAUACGAGAGAUUCCAGAACGCACAGUUGCAGAAGGCACCGGACGCGACUGGAUCGAGCGAGUUGCAGAGCGACAAUUGAUCGCCGAACGAAUUCUCUUUUUCACAGUUUAGUAGCGGAUUUUUCAAAAGGAUUUUGAACACCGUUCGCUUUGACACAUCACUGUCUUUCUCUAUUGAAUCUUGAUAGGCAAUUAAAUAGGUCUGAAUAUUCUAAGCAAGCAUCGAUACUGGAUGCUGUUUUAGUCGAAGUUAGACAUGGGAUAGAUCUUUCAAAGUAAUUGUAUGAUCAUGCGUAUUGUGAUUUACGGAUUCUCCGUUACUUUUCAUACUUAUUUAUCGUUAUUCAUACGAUCAUCGCUCGUGGUGUUUGCUUUAGUACCUACAAUUAAUAUUUUCAAUACAGAAUUCUUUCAGGAAGAUUUAUGUAUUGGUUCUUCAUCGUCGUGUGUAAAUUUUAAAAGAUUAAAUUCACGAUGACCUAGAUAUAAGAGGCCAAAGUGGAUAUCACGAGCGUUGGUGAUGGUUUCCAAUCGAUUUUUAUACUACGAUAUAGACGGACUUUUUAGAAGGGCGAACUGUAUUUAUUUGAAAAUUAUAUCAAAAGUAAUAUUGCAUUGUACAUUUUGUUUAUUAAUAUACAGCGAAAAGAUUUUGAAACGAA